AUGCGGCCCUUCCGAUUGUCGCAUCCCGCACGCAAGACGGCGGCUUUCCAGCAGGUCCGGCAUUUCCAUCCAACACGCCCAACUCCCUUCAUCAACGAAGCCCUCGAACUCUCCUCCGCCUUUCUUCACAAUGUCCACGCCAUUUCCGGUCUACCAUGGGCCGUCUCCAUCCCAUUGAGCGCUCUGAUCGUCCGAACAUCCAUUGCUCUGCCGCUACAACUCUACAGCAAGAUGCAAGCGAGACGAGAACGGGAUGCGAUACCGCUCCUCCAAGCAUGGAACAGGUGUUUCAAAGAGAAAUUGCAGAAGUCAGACGAAUACACCCGCGAGGACCGCCUGUUGCUCGCCAAAAUUGGCCCUACAAGGGCCCAAAAGCAACAGCUCAUGAAGCAAUUCCUGGAAAGGAAACGAAUCGUACACCGUCGCCUGGGCAUUCCUCGGUUCUGGAAACCGCUGAACUUCCUCCAACUACCCAUAUGGAUCUCCAUCAUGGAGAGUCUCCGCGCCAUGUCCGGCAAUGACCGUGGUCUAGUGCCCUGGCUCCUAUCGCGCCUUGAGCCCGAGUCUGCGGAUCCCUCGUCUGCCCUGCAUCUGGCGGUCGAGCCCUCACUCGCCAAUGAGGGUGCUCUUUGGUUCCCUGAUCUCCUGGCCGGAGAUCCUACCGGUAUUCUGCCCUUGGCGCUAACACUAUCUAUCCUGCUGAAUAUCCGAAUGGGUUGGAAGGCCCAGCCUUUGAAGAACUUGGCCGAUCUGCCCAAGAUAGAGAUGUACAAGCAGCUUUCCUUGCGGGGAAUCCGGAUGUUCAUUCAGGUGCUGGCGUUGAAUGUGGGAUUGUCAUCCUAUGUGUCGGAGAUGCCUACUGCAUUGAUGAUCUACUGGCUCAGCAGUACGAACAUCGCUACGUUACAGACCUUACUCCUGGAUCGGGUGCUUUUCCCGGUUAAGCCCCUACCUGUUUGGAAGAGACACUAUGUCAUGUACAAAGCACCAAACCGCCUGGCGCCUCCGCAUAAGAAGACAUGA